AUGGAUUAAGAAAAAAGUCUUAUUGAUUUGAAAUAGGCAUUGACUUAUCGAAAUAGAAGCAAAGAAAUUACAGAUAUAAUUGUAAAGGGAGUUCAAGAUCUUAAAUUCUUCAGAGAAAAAUAGUAGUUAUUUGAUCCAGCAUUAUAUUGUUAGAUGCUUAAAAAGAUCUAACUGAAGGAAUUCAAAAAAGGAGAAGUAGUAUUUCAUUAUGGUAACAUUAUUUUGAAUGGUAGGUUCUAAUAAUGUUGAAUAGUUUUAUGUAAUUCUAUAGGGAUAAGUUGCAAUAUUAUGUCCUAAUGAUAAAAGCAUUACACAUCAAUAAGUUAUUGAAGAGUAUUAAAAAGGAAUAGAUUCUAAUCCAUCGUAAAUAAGAAGAUCAUCAGCAAUUUACAGUCCUAGAUUAUCUGCCUUUAAUAAUAGAGCACUUAAAGAUAUCAUUAUGGCAUAGGCUUAUGGUGAUUUUUUAGGAAUCAGUAAUUAUUCAAUUAUAUAGUUGAUUUUUUUAGAUAUUCAAAAAGUCGAUUAACAAUCCUUAAUUGAAGAAUAUACUAAUAAUCCAAAUCAAAUAUCAGUUGAUAAAUGGUUAGAUAAUUUAGUGAAAAGAUUAUUUCCAAGUUUACAUAUAGUAAAUAUGUGUUGUACAGGAGACUAAUUUGGAGAGAUAGCUCUUAUAGGUAAAGUGACUAGAACAGCAACUGUGUUGUGUACUUAGGAUACAGCAAUGAUUACUUUAGCCAAUCCAGACUUUCAAGCAAUUUUAUAAUAAUAUCAUGAUCAGGUUAAAAAUGAAAAGAUUUCUUUACUCAGAAAUUUUGAACUAUUUAGUAAAUUAACUGAUAAAAGACUAAGAGGUAUUCUAGAAAAUAUUAUUGUUUAAAAACCUUCAAUGUUUAGUAUAAUUUAUAUGGAAAAUUCAAUCCCAGAAUAUAUCUAUUUUAUUAAAUAAGGAGAAAUUGAAUUACUCAAAGUAUUUCCUAAGAACAAAACAGUUUCAAUUACCUUACUUUAAGUAGGCUGCGUCUUUGGACAUGAAGAAGUGUAGUAAUCCAUUUCAAGAGAAUACAGAGCUAUUUCAAAAUCCUCUUAGUGUGAAUUAUAUUUAUUACCUGUUGAAACUAUAUAAUAAUUUGAGAAAAAAAACUCGCAAUCUUUAGAAAAAAAAUUCCAUCACGAAAGACUACAAAGGUUAUUGAGUGAUAAAAAAUCAUAGAAAAAUAGUUCAAAAAUCACAUAAAAUUCUAUUGAAUAGUAUAAAACAGUAUUUGAAAAGGAUUAUUCGAACCUUUUUAGUCAUGAAUUACUUUAAAAAAGGUACAAUAUAAAAGUAAUUAAGAAUAAUAUCACCAAGACAUAAAAAAAUAAUGACAGAGUUAUUUACUCCUUUAUUUGAUGUUGAUAAGAAAUGUUUUAAUUCAAAAAAACAAUUAACAGAUAGGAAAACUAUUAAUACAACAACAACUAGAUAUAAUAAAGAAAAUUCAACAAGACAAUUAAGUACGUAAACAACAAUCAAUAUACACAGACAUUUAUUCAGUCCUAAAGUGAGUAAAAGACAACUAGACACCAUUAUGCCCUUCAAAAAAAUCUUGUCAUAAUGA